AUGGAGGCCGACGCAGCAUUGCCAUCUCGGAUGAGAGCGGCCUACAUCGCAGAGUAUAACAAACCGUAUGCCUUGGGGGAGCGUUCAUUACCCUCCAUCAGAGACACAGACAUUCUCGUGCGAGUUCACGCCGCUGGCUUCUGUCACUCAGACCUACAAGCAUUGCAAGGCGAGUUCGAGAAACCAGCACCAAUUGGUCUGAUCCCAUCUCAUGAGAUAGCUGGAGUCAUUGCCAAACUGGGUGGCAGCUACCAAGGAGAUCUCAAAGUCGGCGAUCGUGUUGGCAUCCUCAACUUCAAACAUGCUUGCGGCUCGUGCGUAGGAUGUCGCUUGACUGAAAGAAGAGGCGACGAGCUUGAUCCCAGAUUCUGCGAUAACCGGGAAACAGCUGGUUUCUUGCAUGACGGAGGGUUUGCGGAGUAUGCGUCUGCUGAUCCAGAGACAACCGUGAAACUACCGGAUUCGAUCUCCUUUGAGCAAGCGGCGCCACUCACUUGUGCGGGAGCAACAGUCUGGGGAAGUCUUGAGGGCGCCACAGCGGGAGUGGGUAAGGGAGAAACGGUUGCAAUCGUGGGUAUCGGUGGACUUGGGCACUUGGGAGUACAGUUCGCAAAAGCGCUCGGGUUCAAGGUCGUUGCGGUGGAUAGUAGAGAGGCUGGUCGACAGUUAGCAUCAGACGUGGAGAAUUCUUCGUUGAGACCUGACCUUGUUGUCGACUCUUCCGACACCGCAGCCGCAUCAAAAGCGAUCUACGACUUCACAAACGGCGAAGGUGUUGCCGCAGCAGUAGUCUGCACGCCAUCGUUGGAAGCGAAUCGGUGGGCGCUCAAUAUCCUCAGGAUCAAGGGGACGUUGGGAAUACUCGGUCUUCCGCAGAACUCGUGGCAGUUCGACGCUGCCCCUAUUGUGUUUCGGGAGUUGACCAUCAAGGGGAGUUACGUGGCGGGGAGAGCUGCGACGGAGAGGAUGAUGAAGGUCGUGGAGGAGGCGGGUGUCAGAUCGCAUUUGACUGUAUUGCCGUUCGAGAAGAUUCCGGACAUUGUUGAUAUUUAUGAGGAUGCGGCGUUCAAGGGAAGAAUUGUUGUACAGAUAUGA